UAAAGGUAGUUUAGGAUAGAGCAUUGUGGCUUUGCCAAGGUUAUUUUCUUUAUUUUUUACUACUUGUAAAGUCAUCUCUUUUGCCGGUACCCUUAUUUUUUCCCUUUUUGUCUUCCUCCCGCUGAGACAUCUUUAAAGAACUACUUCUAUGCUUAUUUGUUUCACGGCAGACAUUAAAGACUUUUGACCGCCAUUACGCCUCUUCCCUGCAUCUUGGCUCCGAAACUCAAACCACACCUGACAAAGGUAAAAGGAGAUGCAACAGAUGGGUGGGACUUCCUGCAAUAAAGAGGCUCGAUGACUUUUAUUUUGGUGGCUAAAUGCACAGCUCUUCCACGGUCGACAGCAUGUGUUGAUGGAUCCACAUCGAGGAGGUUUUAUCAAAUGAACCGGUUGCCAUAGAGACGCAUUGGCAGGAUAUUUCCGGAAUAAAGCGUAAUGGGUCUCCUGACGCAGUUUGCUCUGCUCCUGUGGAAGAACUUCACUCUGCGGAAGAGACAAAAGGUGCGGUUAGUCGUGGAAAUUGUUUGGCCUCUCUUCUUGUUCUUCAUCCUGGUGUGGGUUCGCUUCACAAACGAGCCCACCCACAAAGGCCAAUGCCACUACCCCAAUAAAGCCAUGCCAUCAGCGGGCCUCCUGCCUUGGAUCCAAGGCACAGUGUGCAACUUCGACAACCCCUGCCGGAGUCACCCAACACCGGGGGAGACGCCGGGACAAGUCAACAACUUUGAAAACUCCAUAAUUUCCGGGAUGCUAAUUGAGCUGCAAGACCUCCUGGUCAACAGAUCCAUUCUCAGCAAUGUCCGACGACUCGCUGACGACGCCAAUCAAUGGGCUUUGGUCCUGUCAUCCAGGAACGGUCAACCAAUGAGGAGCAUUCUACGGGACAACGAAACCUUCUCAGCACAUUUGAACUCAAAAGAGCUUGGAGACGCCCAGCAGGAGUUCCUGCAGGACCUGGACCUCAGGAAAGUAUUUGAACAGCUACCUUUUGAAGCUGCGGAUAUAUCGGCGCUGCUUGCAAAAACCACAUCUGAUGCACUCCCAGUGCUGGAGGAGGUGAGACGUUUGCAGAACUCCGGAAUUCUGCAAGUGUCUACUCGGUGGGAUUUCCAAGGGGACAUGAUUGGCAGCAUCAAUAUGCUUUUGUGUGGAAGGCAGCUUGACUCCAAUUCCACCAACGUGACCCUCGCUGCCCCAGAGACAAGACGAGUGCUUAGCAACCAGUCCGUCUCCAGUGAGCACAACACUUCCACUUCUUUUUGUCAAAGCCUGGUGGAAACUCUGGAGGGAACCCCUGGCCUGCGCUACCUUUGGAACACCUUCAAGCUGUUUUUCCAAGGCAAAGUCCUUUUCACACCAGACACCCCUGCUGCUCGCCUCAUCAUGAAAGAGGCUAACAGCACUUUCGACGCUUUGGCUAUGCUAAAAGAAAUGGCCGACUCAUGGGACGAGCUUGGGCCGUCUGUUUGGGAUUACUUCCAGAACAGUACGCAAGUCAACACAAUUCGGACGCUGCUGGCCAAUCCUGCGUUUGCGGCAGUGCUCGACCAGCGUCUCAACGGCACAGGCUGGACGUCGGCGCUUAUCGCCAACUUUCUCUACAAUGGCCCACCAGAGGAUCGACCCGCCAACAUGCCGCCCUACGACUGGCGGGACUUUUACAACACCACCACCCAGACGUUACAGCUUCUCUCCGACUUCUUGAGCUGCAUGGACCUGAACAAGUUUGAGGCGGCAGCGAGCGAAUCCCACCUGGUGAGCGAAUCCUUGGAGCUCCUCAAGAAUAACACUUUCUGGGCCGGCGUGGUCUUUGAGAGCUUAGAGCCCAAUACCAGCCGGCCACCUCCUCAUGUCCGAUACACAAUCCGCAUGGAUAUUGACAAGCUGGAGCGCACCAACAAACUGAAAGAACGGUCAUGGUCUCCGGGGGCCCGAGACAACGCUUUUAAUGACCUGCGCUACAUCUGGGGGGGCUUUGCCUACCUGCAGGACAUGAUAGACAACGGCAUCAUACGAGUACUCACCUCCAAGACACAAACACUUGGUGUUUUUGUGCAGCAAAUGCCGUACCCUUGCUAUGUAGAUGACACAUUUAUCCGAGGUAUUGGAGGAGUCCUUCCGAUGUUCCUGGUCCUGGCCUUCAUGUACACCACAUGCAUGACCAUCAAAGGCCUGGUGCUGGAGAAGGAGCUGCGGCUCAAAGAGGUCCUGCGUGUCGUUGGCGUCAGAAACAGCGCCCUCUGGCUCGCCACGUUCACAGAGAACAUUGUGCUGCUUGCUGUGCCGUGCGCUCUCAUUAGUGUCAUGGUUAAGACUACCAUGACUGCCCCUCCACCCAAUCCACCAAAAACCAAACAAGAGUUGUUGCUCCUAAGGUUCCUGCGGGCUCUGGCUAGCUCCCUCCCAUUGUACAUGACGCUAGCAUGGAUCUACUCGGUGGCCAUGAUCAUUAAGGGCAUCGUGGCUGAGAAGGAAUCCCGACUAAAGGAGACAUUGCGGAUCAUGGGCAUGAGGAGUGCCAUCUAUUGGCUGAGCUGGGCUGUGUCUGGUGCGCUACCAUUGGCCUUCAGCUCUAUGCUCCUAUCGCUUAUACUUAAGUAUGGUAAAGUGCUCCAGUAUAGCGACCCCACGGUCAUCUUCGUCUUCCUGCUCGUCUUCUGCCUGGCCACCAUCACCCAGUGCUUCUUUAUUAGCGUCUUCUUCUCCAAGGCCAACCUGGCGGCGGCUUGUGGCGGUCUCAUCUACUUUGUCCUCUACCUGCCACAUGUCCUCUGCUACGCCUGGAGGGACGUCCUCAGUUUCGGGGUUAAGGUUGCUGCGAGUUUAUUGUCCUGCGUGGCUUUCGGCUUCGGCUGUGAGAACUUCUCCAAGUAUGAGGAGCAAGGCAUUGGCAUCCAGUGGUACAACGUGGGACAGAGCCCUGAGGACGGCGAGCGCUACACCUUCAUCGUGUCCAUUGUCAUGAUGCUGUUGGACGCCACCCUCUACUGGACGCUCACGUGGUACAUCGAGAAUGUCUUCCCAGGCCAAUAUGGGAUCCCGAAGGUGUGGUACUUCCCUUUUACUGCGUCAUACUGGUGUGGGAGGACGACCUUGCCUUCCAUCAAAGAUGACCUGUGGAAAGAAGCGAACUUGAAUAAUGAAUAUCUAGAAAAAGCAGACCCCACGUUGAAAGCCGGGGUGUCAGUGCGCAACCUGGUGAAAAUCUACAAGACUGGAAAGAAGUUGGCUGUGGACGGGCUAAGCGUGGACUUCUACGAGAACCACAUCACUUCAUUUCUGGGCCACAACGGUGCCGGAAAAACCACAACGAUGUCCAUUCUCACAGGACUCUUCCCACCUACAUCUGGUACGGCCCUCAUCAACGGCUACGACAUCCACACUGACGUAGACAGCAUCCGCAAAUACUUGGGAAUGUGUCCUCAACACAACGUCUUAUAUAAUGAACUAACAGUGGAAGAGCAUAUAUACUUCUACGCCCGACUGAAGGGACGGAGCGCCGCUGAGGUGAAAGUGGAGAUGGACCAGAUGAUCAUGGACGUCGGCUUGCAGCACAAGCGCAAGGAUCUCUCUAAGAACCUUUCAGGUGGCAUGCAGAGGAAGCUUUCGGUGGCUAUAGCGUUCGUUGGCGGCUCAAAAAUAGUAAUUUUAGAUGAACCCACAGCAGGGGUGGACCCCUAUGCCCGCAGGGGGAUCUGGGAGCUGCUGCUGAAGUACAAACCAGGUCGCACCAUCAUCCUGUCCACACACCACAUGGACGAGGCGGACAUCUUGGGUGACCGUAUCGCCAUCAUCUCCCACGGCAAGAUGCGCUGCUGCGGCUCGUCUCUCUUCCUGAAGAAAUGCUUUGGCAGUGGGUACUACCUCACACUAGUCCGCGGCGCUCCGGGCAAGAUAAGUGCCCAGCGAGGCGGCACCCUUCAUGGUCAGGCCAAAGAGGAGCAGGAACACGCUUCCAAGCAAUGCAGCAUGGAAGGCAACAUCAGAAGACAAAUAAUGAACAGCUCUGAGCCUUCAGAUUUGACAGCGCUUGGUCAGCUGGUGCGCCGCCACGUCUCCAAUGGACUGUUCUUGGAAUGCAUUGGCCAGGAGAUUACCUACAUCCUGCCCUACAUUGGGGCCCACGACGGCUCCUUCGCCCGACUCUUUCAUGAGCUCGACCUGGCCAUGGCUGACCUGGGUUUGUCCAGCUACGGCAUCUCCGACACCACACUGGAGGAGAUAUUUUUAAAAGUUGCUGAAGAUACAGGAGUAGAUGCAGACAUUCCAUGCGCAACAAAGCGGGAGAGAAGUGCCAGCAAAUCCAAGCGGAACAGCGUCAUCCUUGCCGCCGCCGUCCAUCCGGAAAUGGAACAACAGCCCAAGAAGAGCGAUUUACAGAGGAGCGGUGGCGUAGGCCGGGGCUCGGCAGUGAUCACUGGACGGGAGCUGAUCAGGCGUCAGUUCUUGGCACUCUUCAUCAAGCGCUUCCACCACGCCCGCAGGAGCCGCAAGGGACUCAUUGCCCAGGUGGUGUUGCCCGCCCUUUUUGUGUGCCUCUCCCUCAUCUUCUCGCUCAUCGUCCCGCCGUUUUACGAAUAUCCCAGCCUGGAACUACAGCCCUGGAUGUACGGAUUGCCCCAAAGCAACUUUUUCAGUAAUGACACUGCAGGAAACGCUGAGCCGUCUCAGGUGCUGGAAUCACUGGUGAACCAACCUGGCUUUGGUACCCGCUGCAUGGAAGGAGACCCCAUUCCAAAGCUACCUUGUUCGUCCCUUGGCUCUGAUUGGCUAGUUCCAUCUGUGGAUCAAUCAGUGGCCGACAUCUUCCUCCAUGGCAACUGGAGCAUGUCCAACCCAUCCCCCUCCUGUCAAUGCAGCUCUUCUCAACGGACCACCAUCCUGCCUGACUGCCUCCCAGGUGCUGGGGGACUGCCGCCUCCUCAGAGGAUCCAGAACACAACUGACACACUCCUCGAUAUGACGGGACGAAACAUGACGGACUUCUUGGUCAAGACUUAUAAGCACUCGGGCAAAACAAGGUAUGGCGGGAUCUCUGUUGGAGCAGUCAACUCUCAAGUGCGUCUGAGUGAGGCAGCCAUUGAAGCCAUGAUGGAGGAUCUGAAAAGUCUCUUUGGUUCAAUCCUGGGAAACAUGACUGAUGAGAUGUUCAAUACCACUGAGACUCUGCUGAAGCGGCUUGGAACAAAACACAACGUCAAGGUGUGGUUCUACAACAAGGCCUGGCACAGCGUGGUGUCCUUCCUGAAUGUGGCCAACAACGCCAUCCUAAGAGGGAACCUGCCGGUGGGACAGGACCCCCGCCUCUAUGGCAUUACCGUGUCCAACCACCCCAUCAACCUCACCAAAGAACAGCUGUCCUUCGUGGCCCUAGCUACAACAUCCACUGACGUUGUGGUAUCCAUCUGCGUCAUCUUCGCCAUGUCCUUCAUCCCCGCGAGCUUCGUCCUCUUCCUCAUCCAGGAGCGUGUUAGCAAAGCCAAACAUCUUCAAUUUGUCAGCGGAGUCAAUCCGACUGUCUACUGGAUGGCCAAUUUCGCCUGGGACAUGUGCAACUACGCCGUCCCGUGCGUCAUCGUCAUUGUGAUAUUCCUGUGCUUCCAACAAGAAUCAUAUGUCUCGCUGGCCAACCUGCCUGCCCUGGUUCUGCUUCUGGUUCUCUAUGGGUGGUCCAUCAUCCCCUUGAUGUACCCGGCGUCCUUCAUCUUCAGCGUUCCCAGCACUGCCUACGUGGUGCUAACAUGCAUCAACCUCUUUGUCGGCAUCAAUGGCAGUAUUGCCACAUUCGUAAUGGAGCUCUUCGACGACGAGAAUGUGUCGUACAUCAAUGACAUCGUCAAACAGGCGCUCCUCGUCUUCCCUCAUUUCUGUCUGGGAAGAGGAUUGAUUGACAUGGCCAAGAAUCAAGCCAUGGGUACCCUCUUCAGCAGCUUUGGAGAGAACCGCUUCAAGGAUCCUCUUAGCUGGGACAUGGUUGGCAAGAACCUCUUCGCUAUGUCGAUACAAGGAGCGGCCAUGUUUCUUAUCACCAUUCUCAUCCAAUACAAGUUCUUUUGCAAACCAAGGCGUACUUCCGCAAAGUUGCUUUGCACCGAGGAAGAGGACGUUGAUGUUGCUCGAGAACGGGAUCGGGUGUACGCAGGAAAAGCCCAGAAUGACCUUUUGAGGACAUACGAUCUAACUAAGGUGUAUCCAGGGAAACGAAUCCCAGCUGUGGACCGUCUGUGUGUGGGCAUACCUGCGGCAGAGUGUUUUGGCUUGCUCGGAAUCAACGGUGCCGGAAAGACCACCACUUUUAAAAUGCUAACAGGUGACAUCUCUGUCUCCAGUGGAGAGGCCUUUCUCAACGGAUACAGCAUACGCACAGAAAUGAGCGACGUGCACCAGAACCUGGGCUACUGCCCCCAGUUCGACGCCAUUGACGAUCUGCUGACAGGCCAAGAGCAUCUGGAGUUUUAUGCCAGGUUGCGAGGGGUUCCGGAAAAAGAUGUCGCCAUGGUGGCUGAGUGGGGCAUCAAGAAAUUAGGCCUGGUCAAAUAUGCCACAAAAUCAGCGGGGACGUACAGCGGAGGGAACAAGCGCAAACUGUCUACUGCCAUUGCUCUAAUUGGUUGCCCACCAGUUGUCUUCCUGGAUGAGCCGACCACUGGGAUGGACCCCAAAGCUCGCCGAUUUCUGUGGGACUGCAUUCUGAGUGUAAUCAAGGAGGGACGCUCUGUCAUUCUCACCUCACACAGUAUGGAGGAGUGUGAAGCACUGUGCACGCGCAUGGCUAUCAUGGUCAACGGACGCUUUAAAUGUCUCGGGAGCAUCCAGCAUCUUAAGAGCAGGUUUGGUGAAGGCUACACUGUGAUAGUACGGGUCUCCGGCUCCCCUCCACUGUUGAAACCCGUGGAGGACUUUGUGAGAAAGACCUUCCCUGAAAGCGUCCUGAAGGAGAAGCAUCACAAUACGCUGCAGUACCAGCUUGCUUACAGCCAGGGGGCGCUGGCCCACAUCUUCAAGCACCUCAGCAGCCAGCGGGAGAGUCUAUGCAUAGAGGACUACUCCGUGUCCCAAACCACUCUGGACCAGGUUUUUGUUAACUUUGCCAGCCGCCAGCAUGGUGAGGACUCUCAGGCCUACGACAACACAGUGGACACUUCUGAUGAAGUGUAAAAUGAAUAAAUAAAUAACCUAAAUAGUGCACUGAGCGGUAUAUUCACAAUAUUUAUUAUUUGAAAAAAAUGUGUUCUUCUGCCUCGGGUUUAAACUUGAAAUAAUAUUUUAGAAUGUUGUUAUUUUCAUUAUAUGCUUACAUGUGAUGUAGAUCGUGCAUAUUAUGUCAAAUUGUGCAAAUAUUUCAGAAGAGAGCUGCUGUGUUGCAUUGCAUGCACCAAAGAGUGACUAUUUUGCAAGAGAAACUUAAAAGGAAAAACAUUUUUUAUAAUUCUUUGUUAGCAUAAAAAAAUUAAUUGUUUUAUGAAAAGUGUAAUUGAAGUUUUUUUUAUGUAUUUUUCAUUGUCAACACAUUUAUAUCAUUAUGUAGCAAUUCAUUAAGUUA